CUCGCCCCUCUCCUUGGCCCUCCCUGUGUCACGUGGUUUCUGGCGGUUGGCCGGGCGCGCCCCUCCCGCCUCGACUUCCCGCCCGCCCCCGUCACGUGACGCGGCCGCACAGUGGCCUCAGCGGCCGCCAUGUUGUUGCGGGGCCCCGGGCCGGGCCGGGCCGGGCCGGGGAUGGCGACGGCGACGGCGACGUCCAGCAGCAACUGGCUCUCCGGGGUCAACGUGGUGCUGGUGAUGGCCUACGGGAGCCUGGUGUUUGUGCUGCUCUUCAUCUUCGUGAAAAGACAGAUAAUGCGCUUCGCCAUGAAGUCCCGCCGGGGGCCCCAUGUGCCGGUUGGACAACACGCCCCCAAGGACCUGAAAGAGGAAAUUGACAUUCGCCUCUCAAGGGUACAGGACAUUAAGUAUGAACCCCGGCUGCUGGCUGAAGAUGAUGCCAGGCUCCUGCAGCUAGAGACACCAGGAAGCCAAUGUUGCUAUAACUACUUGUACAGAAUGAAGGCACUGGAUGCAAUCAGAGCUUCUGAGAUCCCAUUUUAUGUAGAAGGCAGAUACCCCCAGUCCUUAAUGGGAAAGAAUUUCCAUGCCUACCUGUUGGAGCUGAGAAAUUCCAGCACUCCAUUCAGAGGCAUCCGCAAAACCUUGAUUGACACCCUCCUGGACGGGUAUGACACUGCACGCUAUGGAACAGGGGUCUUUGGGAAGACAGAAUAUCUGAAGUACCAGGGUGCCCUAAGUGAGCUCACGAACAUUAUCAAAGCACGAGGGGGCAGCAGCCAGAGGCAGCACCAGUCAGCAGCGAAGGAUCUCACGCUCUCGCCUGAUGUCUCCAACUCGGCCACCAUCCAGGUCACCUACCUGCCUUCCAGCCAGAAGAGCAAACGUGCCAAACACUUCCUGGAGCUGAAGAGCUUCAAGGACAACUACAACACGCUGGAGAGCACCCUGUGAGCUGCGGCAGGAGCACUGCUCCUGGGACCUGCCACCAAGAGCCCCUUGCUCGGUGGGGCAAGUCACAAGAGGCAUUUGGCAGCAGUUCAUGUCCAGGCGGCAGCUGGAAGGCGGGAAGUCACUGGGCUCAUGGAUCACUCACAGCUGCAUGGAAUUGGAUUUAACAGCAACAUCAUGGCUGGGGAUACCUGGCCUCUGGCAGGAGGCCCUUUCCAAAGCCGUGUACUGGCUGCAAAACAGGGAGAUGACCAGCAGCCGGCAUGGGCCUGUGUUUUGGGCUCUGAAGAGAUUCCAGACUCAAUCCCUUUUUAGUGGCUAGUGUCUCUCUGCAGUCCCUAGCCCUGUGAAUAGACUAUUUGAGUAGCUUUAGCAUAUUUAUAAAAGACACUGCUCGGGUCAGUGGUCCUGCAGCCCUCUGCACUGACUGCGAUGGCUCCAUUCGCUCCAUUGACCCUUCAUCACUCCCAGCAAUGGCUCGUGGGCUGAGGCCAGUGGUGAUUUCCAGCUCCCUUCCUAGAGCCACGGGCUGGGCUUUCCAAAGGGUAAAUGCCUUGUGAGGGUAGGUUCCCUCUGAUGCAAUGGGGGCCUGUGGUUCCAUCCUCCCACCCCUUGUCAGCCUGUUGAGCUUGAAUUGCCCUUUAGACCUGGGCGGGAUAUCGGGGCCUGGGGGGGGGUUGCCCUUGAUAACUUUAGCCUGUUUAAACCCCACCCAGACAGCAAAUGGCUCAAUGUCCUGCUCUCGGGGGGUGAGGGUGCUGCUGUUCACUGUCUCUUCCACACAUCCCAGCUGGGCAGCCGGGUGAAAACCUUCGCCUUCCCUCCCGCUCUCACCAGCACCUCGUUCCAUUCACCAUGGACUCCUCCAGGCCUUAAGGGGAAGGGGCUGCAGCAAGCAGCAGCUGACAAAAGUUCCCAGGCUGGAGGCAAGCUGUGUGCCAGUCACCCGGGCUUGGCAGACACCUGCUCUGGGCCGGAGGAGGCGCCCCGGCAGCCAGGCCUGCUCUCUCUCUCUCUCUCUCUCUUUUUAAAUUGCUGUUUAAUAAAAGGAAUGUUCCCCUGCA